AUGGCGGAAGCAGGAGAGUCUUUGAAUUUGGAUCCCGCCUUUCUGGGCGAGAACCGCGCCGGCGUUCUUCAGGGAAUAGCCAUCGCCUUUGUCGUCAUAACAACGGUCAUGAUCGCCCUCCGUUUCUUCGCCAAGUUCCGCUUCCAGUCGCCAGACCCCGAACUAUUCGACGUAUUCCUCGUCGCCGCCUACGUCAUAACCCUGGGAAUGUGCGCGUUGGGUAUAAAACUCGUCGCGACUGCAGUCAUGACCAGAGUCGGCGGCGUCGGGCGACAUGUGGAACUGUUCGAGCAACCGGGCGGCGACAAGACUCAGCUGCGCGGCUGGGCCCAGUGCAUCCUGGCCUUUGAGAUCAUCUACUUUACGUCCGUCGCCCUGCCCAAGAUCGCCGUCGUCUUCAUGUACAUCCGCGUCUUCAACUGGCGCGACGCCAGGCGCCGUAUGGCCUUGGCCCUCAUCGCCGUGAACGCCUGCCUGGCCAUCUCCCUGGUCGUCGCGGCGUGUUUUCAGUGCAUCCCGUUGGCGUAUUGGUGGGACCGCACCAUCCCCGGUGGUAGGUGCUUCGACACCCAGGCCUUUUUCCACGCCCAGUCCAUCCCGGGCUUCGUGCUAGACCUCUUCAUCAUGGCGCUGCCUCUCAAGUCCAUCUGGGAGCUGAAGCUACCUGCUAUUAAAAAGAUUGCCUUGGCGUUUAUCUUUCUGAUUGCCAGUUUCGGCAUCGUCGCGUCCGUAAUCCGCGCUCGCAUCUUCUUCAGCACGUCGGCGUUUGACGACCGCACCUGGGCCUCGGUUGAGCUCAUCGGAUGGUCCAUCAUCGAGUCAGGAACCUAUAUCGUGACCGCCUGCCUCCCACACAUGAAGCCCAUCCUCGCGCACUACACGCCGCAGUCGCUCAAGAGCUUUGCCCGCGGCGUCUUCUCCAAGGCCUCGUCCGCGCUGUCGGGCAACGGGUCCUAUGGCGCCAGCACGAUGAGCGGCAAACGCUCACGCCGGCGCGGCGAGAUGGACAUCCACAAGAGCGGCGACGGCAUCGACCAGGUACAGCCCGUCCGCCUGGAGAACCUCGACGUGAGCCGCGAGCCGGCCCCGCUUCCCUACCACGUCGUCAGCGACGACGACGACAACGACGACGACAAGAAGCCCUUUUGGUCCGCGGAGCCGCGGGGUCCACACGAGUCCAUAUACGGCCCCGAUCGCGCCAACGAGUUCCACCGCCCACGUCGGAUGCACGAUUGGGCGGGCCGGAAGGGCAUGCCGGCUGCUGGUGCUGCUGCCGCCGCUACUGCGGGACAGAGUGGGAGGUCUGCGUCGGUGGCGGGGCCCAAGGGUGUCGUCGUGACGACGGAGGUGACGGUUACGACUGAUUAUGACUCUGACAGUUUCAGACCAGACCCAAGUUCGAGUAGCUCUUGGCCACCUCGGACAUGA